UGUCCAGGUCUUUUCUCAAAACGAAAUCUUACGACCGAUCCCAAAUCAAAACUUAAAAAGAGAAUUUACCGUAAACCCUUAAAAUCUCUGGACAUUCGAUUAAAUUUCAGUCAACAACAAUGAGCGUCGAACCUUUUAACAAAUUGGUGAAGCUCGCGGCCCGGGCAUUUUAUGAUGAUAUAACGACAAAAGGCGAUAAUCAACCCAAAACUGGUCGGAGUGAUAACAGAGGGAUUGCCGUUGUGGUGCUCGAUGCGCUAACGAGACGGCAAUGGGUAAGAGAAGAAGAUUUGGCGAAAGAUUUGAAACUGCACUCCAAGCAACUUCGCCGAACAUUGCGAUUUUUUGAGGAAGAAAAACUAGUCACCCGUGAUCAUAGGAAAGAGACAGCUAAGGGUGCAAAGAUAUAUAGUGCUGCCGUUGCAGCCACAGCUGAUGGUCAACCAUUUGGAAAAGAGGGAGAAGAAAAGAUUAAGCUGCACACUCACUCAUACUGUUGUCUAGAUUAUGCACAGAUCUAUGAUGUUAUCAGGUACAGAAUCCACCGAAUGAAGAAAAAAUUGAAGGAUGAAUUGGAUAACAGGAACACAAUUCAGGAAUAUAUAUGCCCUAAAUGUGAUAAAAGAUAUAAUGCUUUGGAUGCUUUGCGAUUGGUUUCUGAGGAAGAUGGUAAUUUUCGCUGUGAAAGUUGCAAUGGAGAACUCCGGGCAGAGAGUGACAAGUUUGCAGCUCAAGAAGGAGGAGAUGGAGAUGACAAUGCAAGGAAGCGGCGGCGUGAAAAAUUGAAGAGCAUGCUUCAAAAUAUGGAGACUCAGCUUAAGCCAUUGAUGAGUCAGCUCGACAGAGUGAAAGAUUUGGCUGUGCCUGAAUUUGGAACUCUCCAAGCAUGGGAAGCUCGAGCAAGUGCUGCUGGGCGUGCAGUUAAUGGUGAUUCUAGUUCCAAUGAUCCAUCAAAAUCUUCUCAGGUUGGGUAUGGUGGAACACCAAUGCCAUUUCUUGGGGACACAAAGGUUGAAGUUGCCUUUGCUGGUGCUGAGGGCAAGGAAGUGGAUGUCAAAUCUGAUGCUGCAACAUCUCUGAAAGUGUUGCCACCUUGGAUGAUCAAACAAGGAAUGAACCUUACAAAGGAACAACGCGGAGAGGUUGAGCAGGAAUCAAAGAUGGAUGGAAGUUCAGCUACUGGAGGAUUGUCAGAUGACAAGAAGUCCACUGUUGAAGAUGAUAAAAAGAGUUUACAGGAUGAGUAUGUUAAAGCUUAUUAUGCUGCUUUAUUUAAGAAACAACAAGAGCUACAAGAAGCUGCAAAGACGCAACAGGAAACUUCAAAAACACCACCCAUCUCUGAUGAUGGGCUUUCUGGAAAUUAUGCUAAUCGUCAAGUGGGCAUGAAGGCUAAACGUGAAGAGGAUGAGGGAGAUGAUGAUGUUGAUUGGGAAGAGGCUCCAGUUUCAGGCAAUACAAAUGAAUUUAAGGUCAAUGACUUGAAUGUGGAAGCCGAGGCUUCUGGAGAGGAGGAAGAUGAUAUUGAUUGGGAGGAAGGUUGAAGGAAGAAGAAAAUACUUUCUUGGUAAAUUGAAUUUCUGCUUCAUUAGUCUGUAAUAUAUAAUAUCUUUGAGCCAAGGUGGGCGCUUUUCGCACAAAGUUUUCUUCAAGUCACCAUUGCUAGUCAUCUGUACCAUUUGAAGAACUAACUCAAACUUUUUAGAUGUGGGAAAGCAACAAUUGGAUGGGUACACUGGACACAUUUUGUAAAGGACUUUUUUUUUUUUUUUCCAAUGUAUUUGCUGACAAGAUACUCUAAAACUUCAAUAAAUGGUAUAAUUACCACUAACUUGGGCAUUUUU